CUCCCCAUUAACAAGACAUCCGACAUUUUCCGAGACUCUUUUUCGUAUAUGACAAGAGGGAAGAGUAAAAAUGCCUGAAAUAGCGCUUGGAGAAAAAUUUUCUUCUUUUGAUAGUUUAAAAGAUGCUAUUGAUCGCUAUCAAAAAGCUAACAAUGUUCAGCUAAUUGUUAAAGACUCUAAGCUACUUGGAAGAAUAGUCAAGACGAUGCCCAAACUAAUGGAUGUGGUCAAUAAAGACAUAGUUUACUAUCGACUGGCAUAUGCCUGUGAGUAUCAUGGAGAGUUCAGAUCCAAAGGAAAAGAAAAACCAAACCACAUAUCAAAAAGGAGAGGGUGCCCCAUGAGGAUAUUGCUCAGGCUUGCAGAGGACCUGCACCACCUCGUUGUCUAUGAGAUGCUGGAGCAGCAUAACCAUCCCCUGGAGAUGCGUGAGGAGACCAAAGUUCCCAAACAGCAAAUGUUUCGAAUGGCUAGAGUGAAUUCCUCUCACUACAUGCUGACUAAACUAGAAGAGGGUGAGGGAGGCCAGAUGGUGGACAUUGAAACCAGCUUUGGCACCCAAAUAUUCGAAGAUGAAGAGGGACAUGAUGUUGUGGGUAGUCCAGAUAAAGCAUCGUCAUCUAACGAUACAACUACUCCAAGACUAAUUGGAAAUGCAACAAAAAGACUGCUCACGCCUAGUGAAAUGAAAACAUGUGACGCAAUGCAGGAUCUUAAACGUAAAAAGCUAGCUCUUCAAAAUCGUAAGCUCGAGCUGGAGGCCAAAAAGCUAGAGCUUGAAAACAGAAAACUAGAAAUGGAGCUGAAACUGCUGGAGAAAAGGUUCGAGGAAGGAGAACAAAAUGUGAACGGCAACACUUACUAUGUGUCCCAUGUCAUUGAUGAAAAAGACAAUAUUACCGAUGGAACUCCACUGUUUUCUACUUCUGCAGCUGAAGUGAUUAAGUCUUUAACAGGAAGGGGACAGCCGUUUCAAAUAAUCACACAGUAAACUGUACAUAUGUGUAUGAAUAAUUAUGCUUAUGAUAAAUAUCAACAAUGCUCAGUGACAUGUGGCAGUGUGACUAUCACCGGUAUAAACACUAGGAUGACUUGAAGCACAAAAUGGUUUAUGAUAGUCAAUAUAGGUCAUGUAAAUUGAUUUUCAAAUAUCGAGUGCUAAAAAGUUAUUCGGGCUUGUAAAAAAUUGUGAUGGUUUAUAUGUUUAUUUAUGCAGCAGGCUAAGCAUUGAGAGCAAUUUGUGCAUGUAUAUAUUGUCUGACAGCACAUUUUGUAAAUUAUACUUUUUUGAAUUACACAAAUAAAAACAAUGAUUUAUCUGAUAAACCAGCUUAAUUAACAGCAGAUUCCCAAGAUUAAUGAACUGAUAUAUUGUUAUAUUAUUUGGAUAAUUAGUGGCUUAAACAAAAUGGAAUUACAGCAGAAGGUAAACAAAACACUAUGUAGAUAGGAAAUAACUUUCUUUCUUUAACAGUACAAAAAUUAAUAACUCAUUACUGAGCACAAUGACUUAAAGUUUGACUAAUUAAAGAAAGAAAAGUAAAUAAAAAUUAGUUUUUUUGUUUUUGCUAGUUAUAUUGGAUAAGCAAAGCACUGGACAUAUAUGGAUCUAGAAUGAUUGUAAUCAAAGUGUAUUAAAAAAAAACCACAAUAGAAAUAUAAUAUUCUGUUCGUCAACAUCAUGAUUUUUGCCAAACUAAGGUAAUUAUUAACAAGUCAAGUCAUUCCAAUAGUAGACUUCAAAGUCUUGUGUACAUAUGUUCAUAAGUUGAUAUUUAUACAACUCAACAGUAUUCAUUGACUAUUUAGUCUCAAAUCAAACUUGCUUAACUCACCAAGACUUCUCUGGAAGAAGUGGGAGGAUAAAGUGGAGCAUUGGUUCAUCACAGGAUGUAAAGAGUUAAUGAAGUACAUAGAAACAAUAUUUAUUUGUUUACAUUGGCCACCAUGUGUUACCAUGUUCUGUUUAUACAAACUAAGUAGUACAAGUGGCAUAUUGUUUAGUGCUGGAAGGAAAUGGUAGACAUUGUAUAGUUUUGAAGCCAAUUCCUUUGGGUUAGUAUCAGAACACGUUUGCCCGGUAACAAUGGACCUCAUUCACCAAUCGUAAACAAACAACAUUUAGCCACGUGGUGCUCUAUCUCUUCUAUAUAAUUUACGAUCUCAUGUUUAAUUCAUGAUGGUUGUCACGUGGCAGUUUUUUUCCAUUGUUUUAUCAAUAAGAACACGUGACUAAAUGUUGUUUGUUUACGAUUGGUGAAUGAGGUCCAUUUAGAAUUGCAUUAUGCUGUUUAUGUACAGUGGCAAAUAUAAUCAAAACACAGACUAUUUGGAGAUGGUGUGGGACAAAAGCUGACAGAGAAGUAAAAAUAUAAUUUGUGAGGCAGAUCAGCAUGACAUUAGUCAUUAAGAGGUUAUUGACAUGAUUCACUGUCUAUAAACAGGACUCUACCAUGUUAAAAGAAGUGCAGCCAUCUUUUUUUUUAAAGUGAAAAAAAAAAAAGAGGGGGGGGGGGUUA